AAAACAGAAAAGAACACAACAGUAAUUUUAGCUUUUGUGCUGAUCAGAGUCGUGGUGGGUUCAGCACCAACCGACAAAAAGAAAAUUAGACUCAGGGCAGAAAUCCAGACUGAACAGAGCAGCAAUCCAUCUCAGAUCAUCAGUUCAUUUACUUUAUACAUCAGCUCCAGUAAGAGAUCCAGAGAUCAGAUCUGCUGAGAUGAACCAGGAAGAACGGAGGAUCGUGUUGCUGGGGAAGACUGGUGCUGGGAAGAGUGCAACAGGAAACACCAUCCUGGGAAGAAAUUAUGUAUUUAGAUCAGAACUUUCUUUAAAUUCUGUAACAAAACAAAGUGAACAUGCAGAUGCUGUGAUAGGAGGAAAACUCACACAUGUGAUUGAUACACCAGGAUUAUUUGACACAAAAGAACCAAAAGAUAAAAUAGCAUUCGAGUUGUGCAGCAGUGUUUAUCUCUCACAACCAGGAGUUCAUGCUUUCAUUCUGGUUUUCAGGUUUGGACCAUUUACAGAACAGGAAGUAGAAAUAAUUAAGAGCUUACAGAAGGUUUUUGGGGAGCAGGUUACAAAUCACAUGAUCAUUUUGUUUACUGAUGCUGACAGGGUAGAAAACAUAAAUCAGGAAAUAAGCAGGAAUGAACAUCUCAGUAGAGUGUUAGCUCAGUGUGGAGGAAGAUUUCACAUCUUUAAUAAUAAAGAACCACAGAACAGACAGCAGGUCACUGAACUUCUGCAGAAGAUAGACAGGAUGGUGCAGCAGAAUGGAGGAUUUUAUACUAAUGAGAUGUAUGAGCAAGCACAGAGUUCGACCUUGGAGAAAUUGUGGAAGAAAAACAAGGAAUUCUUUUUAUAUGCAGCUAAUGUUUUAUCUGUAGUGACACUGCCAGUAACUUUUUUUGGAGCAGUUGUGGCACUGAUAAUGGGAUUAAUUAGGCAGUAACUGGGAUUUAUGUAGGAAGAAGUUUAUGGUGCUGCUUCAGUGGGAUCAUGAGCAGUAGGUGGAUUUGGUGCAACUGGAACUGGUGGUGGGAACAGAGGGUUGUUUUGGUUGUUAUUCAUAAAUAUUUGAUUAAAAUAAAGAUCUGUAAAACAACAUGAUUAAUCAUUGUACACGUAAAUCAUUGUUAUAUUAACAGGGACAGUAAAUAUAAAUGUUAAUAAUUAUUAUGUUGAAGCUUCUAAUCAUAGAAUUUAUAAUUGUGGAUUUGUGGUAUUUAGCAUAAACUUUUAUUUAAAGUUUUGAGUAAAUACAAUUUAAGCAAAUGAGGGUUAAGGGCCCUGCUCAGGGGCCCAAAACUUAGUAGUGGUGGGACUUGAACCAGUGACCCUUUGGUCAGUAAUACCUUCAUCACUGAGCUACAACUACCAUAUUGUAUAUUAUUUCUGUAUUAUUGUUUCUACUUGUUUACAUUUUACAUUUACAUUUUCAGCAUUUAGCAGACGCUUUUAUCCAAAGCGACUUACACAAUGAGCAAUUGAGGGUUAAGGGCCUUGCUCAGGGACCCAACAGUGGCAACUUGGUGGUGGUGGGGCUUGAACCGGCACCUUCUGUUUACUAGUCCAGUACCUUAACCACUGAGCUAUCACUGGCCCUAAAAAAAUCUAUCACUAAAGCUAUCACUCUAGCACAAUCUAGCACUAAAGCUAUCACUUGUUUCUUGUUGUAUACAGUUUAAGGUCAUUAUAACUAUA